AUGACUAACGUACUUCUUGUUUCUGUUGUUCUGCUGCAUUUUCUCUGGCAAGAGGCCAUGAGCAAGAAACUACCUGGAGUUGAGCAAUAUGAAAUAGUUCAUCCCCGGAAAUUGCACACCGUCCAGAAGAGAGAUGUAGAAAGAAACAAAGAGACAAAAUAUGAGGACACAAUGGAGUAUGGAAUCAAAGCCAACGGGGAGGAAGUCAUACUGCAUCUACAAAAAAAUAAGCAUCUAUUAGCUAGAGACUAUACUGAAACUGUUUAUGCCGAAGAUGGUCGUCAAAUAACAACAAGUCCUCAGUUCAAGGAUCACUGCUAUUAUGAAGGUUACGUUCAGAAUGAUGCUGAUUCCAUAGCAAGCAUCAGUGCUUGCAAAGGUCUAAGGGGCUAUUUUGAGACCCGUGGUCAGAAGUACCUCAUCGAACCCUUGGGAACUUCAGCCAGUGAGGAACAUGCAGUCUAUAAGUAUGAGAAACUCGCACAAAAGUCCUUAAAAACCUGUGGUCUGAUCAACAACACCUGGGAAGAGGAUUCAAAUGACCCCAUCAAUGACAUCUUCAAAUCCAGCAACAGUCCAGAAAUGAAAGCAUACCUGAAAGCAAAAAAGUAUCUGGAAGUUUACAUUGUCGCAGACAACACUUUGUAUAAGAAGUAUGAGGAGGAUGUUGAAACCAUAAGACAAAGGAUAUUUGGAAUGGUGAACUUCAUCAACACGGUUUACAAGGUCCUCAAUAUCUACGUGGCUUUAAUUGGGUUAGAGAUCUGGACGGAUGGUGACAAAUGCCUCCUGAGCCGUUCUGCAGGAUUCACUCUGGACAGCUUCGCAAAGUGGCGCCAAUCCGAUUUGUUAAAGAGGAAAAGAAACGACAACGCCCAGCUCAUAACAGGUUAUGACUUUGAGGGGACAACUAUUGGAUUAGCCUUUCUAAAAUCCAUAUGCAGUGAUACAUACUCUGCAGGUAUUAUUCAGGAUCAUAGCAGUAACGAAAUUGCAGUUGCAGCUACCAUGGCACACGAGAUGGGGCACAACCUCGGCAUGAGCCACGACACCGAAGCCUGUGCGUGUAGUGCUAAAGUUUGUAUCAUGACAGAUACCGUCAGUUCCAUCAUCCCCAAGAAGUUCAGCUCUUGCAGCCUCCAAAGUUUUGAGAAAUACAUGCUGAGCGACAUGCCAAAAUGUUUAACCAACAUCCCAGACGCAAGCAGCAUCGUAGCACCUUCAUCCUGCGGCAACGGCUUCGUGGAAAGGGGAGAGGAAUGCGACUGUGGGACUCCUGAGGAGUGCACAAACGACUGCUGCGACCCCGAGACGUGCAAACUGACGGCAGGUUCCAUGUGUGCACACGGAGAGUGCUGUGAAAACUGCCAAUACAGAAAAUCGGGAGCUAUUUGCCGAGCAGUUAAGCAUGACUGUGACCUGGCUGAGAUGUGCACCGGCUCUUCCGCCAACUGCCCAGCGGAUCGAUUCCGUGUGAACGGACACCCCUGCAACUACGGCGAAGGCUACUGCUACAUGGGAAGAUGUCCCACGCGAGAAAGCCAGUGCAAAGCCGCUUUCGGACCACAGGCGACUGAAGGUGCAGCUUCCUGCUACCGGAUGAACGAGAAAGGGGUAUAUUAUGGAUACUGCAGAAAAGAAAAAGGUAGUCACGUCCCGUGUAAAAAAAAAGACAUAAUGUGCGGGAAGUUGUUCUGUGUUGGGGGCAUGGAGAUGCCUCGGGACGGGAGCCUGGUGAGAUUUCAGUCCUGCAAAGCCAGUUUUCCUAAAGAUGGAGUAAACGACCCAGGAAUGAUUCUCGAUGGAACAAAGUGUGGGGAUGGGAUGGUGUGCAGCAAUGGAGAAUGUGUCUACGCUGAAGAUGUCUUUAGAUCAGCCAACUGCUCUGCCAAGUGUCUUGGACAUGCUGUGUGUGACCACGAGCUGCAAUGCCAGUGUGAAGAAGGAUGGGCACCACCAACCUGCGACAGCUCCUCGGCAGUUAUCAGCUUUGCUAUUGUUGCCGGCGUGCUGCUCGUCCUCGCUGUCACAGCAACUGCAGCCGUGUUACUUAUCCGCUUCCGAGUAUUCAAGAAGAGCUGCCAGAUCAGAAAGGGACCUGGAGCCACAAACCAAGUCUUUGUGGAUCAAGAACAAAGACACAGAGAACACCCUGUCCUGGUGGGACCUGCCCAGAAGAUGAACGACAAGAAACUUCUCCUUCCUGUACCCCCACCACAGGAGAACAAACCGCGGCUCCAGAGCCGUGGUUUAUAUUCUCUUCUCUUACAUCCUGCCACAAGGCCAAAAGGUCCCCCACCUCCAGUUCCUUCUACCAAACCAGCCUCUUCUCACACAGAAGAGAUUUUUGCACCAGAGAGAAAACCUCCUCAUCUCCCAGUUGCCAAAGGCAAACCUCCACCACCACCACAGGCUUUAAAACCUCCGAUUAAUCCCAGAGUAUGA